AUAUACAGUUUACAUUUUAACAUUUGUUUACUUUUUUUUUUUUUAUUAAUAAUUAUUAUAGCCAAUUUUGCAACUGAUUCAUGGAUUGCAUUUUUAGUUUCAAAUAGUGGAAAUGCACCAAAAGUUUCACUCCAUACAGCAGUUUUAAAUCCUGUUAAUAAUACAAUGUUGGUUUUAGGUGGUAUUACACCAAAAGGUAAUGCAUCGUCAACAUUUAUUAAAUAUGAUAUACUUCAAGAUUCAUGGGGAACACCACUUAAUUUUUCAGGUAUUGAAAAUGCUCCUUCACCACGUUAUGGUCAUGUAGCAUUAACAACUUUAGAUAAUAAAAUGUAUAUUUAUGGUGGAAGAAAUGAAAAUGAAGUUUUUGGUGAUAUUUUCAAAUAUGAUAUGGAAAAAGAUACUUGGGAAAAGAUUUCGGUUAAUGGAAGUAAAAGAUGGGGUCAUAGUGGUGUUUCAUAUUCUACAGAAAACUCUUUUUAUUUCUUUGGUGGGCAAUCAACAACAGAAGGUGGAUAUUUAGAUGAUAUUAUUAGAUAUGAUUUCGAAUAUGAUACAUGGAUUACAAUGACUCCAGGUGGUUCAGAAUUUUCACCAAAAGCAAGAUCAUUACAUACUUCAACUCUUACUUUAACAAAUCACAUGGUUAUUUAUGGUGGUAGAAAUUUCCAAAAUAAUGAAACAAUCUUUGAUGAUUUACAUAUUUUCUAUGUUGAGGAACAUAGAUGGAUCAAUGUUACAUUAAAUUCUACAAGUAGAAAUCCAGAAAAGAAAUAUGGUCACACUGCAAUUUUAACUCCAAUGAAUACUGUUUUAAUUUAUGGCGGUAAUCAAUCAAGUACUGCUGCCUCAACUUCAAUUUAUAAAUUUGACCUUUCAACCACAGAAUGGGAUUUUAUUUCAUCAGCAUCAGGUUUGGGACCAGAGGCUAGAUCAGGACACACUGCAGUUGCAACCUUAUUUAAUACAAUGUUAGUAUUUGGUGGUCAAGAUGGAAAAGUAUUUUACAACAAUCUCUUCAAAUAUAAUGUAAUUAAUUCAGUUCUUAGAUCAACUAGUGAUGGCACAACUCUUGUAGUAUUAUUAAGUCUUGUCGGUGUUAUGAUUAUUGGUUUAUGCUUUGCACUAGAUAUCAUGGCUGAAAAGAAUGAAAUUGCUCGUUUAGAACAACUCGAAAAAGAUGCUAUUGCUAAAAAUAAUGAAAUUGCUCUCAAGAAAAUUUUACAAGAAAAGAAGGAUAAAUUAAAAAAUCAACCAUUAUUCGAAAAAUUCUAA